UCUCGCGCGCGAUCUCGGACGCGCGUCUCGCGGGUGCGUGAAAAAAGCGACGGAACGCGCGCGCGCGACGCGCGAUUCGCGAUUCGCGCGACGCGACGCGACGCGACGCGACGCGACGCGACGCGCGAUCGCGCGCGAAUCGCCCGCGGCCAUCGAGCGCUGACUCAUUAACUGACGAAUUCACGAAACGCAGACGCGCGACGCGGAACGCGGAACGCGCGACGCGAUGGCCGACGUCGAGAGUGGAAAAACGAACGUCGCUCGCGUGCGCGACGAUGAGGUCGCGCGCGCGGGACGAAGGACGGGCUGGGCGCUGGUCGCGCUGUCGGCGCUCAUGGCGGCGUUUUGCCUGAGCCUGAUGGCCGUCUUCGCGAAGGAGAUGGCGGACGUCGCGGGAGAUCACUGCGCCGAGUACGGGGUGUCGUUCAGUGGAGAUGGGUCGACGUGUCAGUACGUGAAGGAAAACUGGUGCGCGGCGAUUAAUACCGCGGGCGGCUCGGUGAGCGUCGGGUGCUCGUCGGGGGCGACGUUCGCGGACCCGGAAACGUACACGCAAAAUACGUGUCCGCAAGGAUGCUCUGGGGCGUGCGAUGGAAGCGCUAGCGAUACGAACGCUGCGGUCGCGUCGUGGAAGUCUCAGAUCAAGCGGCUGCAGCAGUGCUACGCCAACUCUCCGAAGUCUCGUCAGUGCUUGCCGACCGUGGAUACCGACGGCAGUUUGGCCAACUACCGAGGUUUCAAGGCGGCGCAUCCAUCGCUCGGAUUGGGCGGAAGUACGGCUUUUAUCGCGCGAGACGCGUUUUUGGACGCCUGCGAUGCACAAUUAGUGUACGCAAACCGUCGCCAAACCGGAGGAUACGGUGUUUUGGCCAUGAUGUGCGUCGCGCUUCUCGUCUGGAUUAUCAGGUGCGCGCUCACUUUGCGAAAGCCGAAUUACUCAAAGCGUCCUCGAGAGACGGAAAUGAAGCCUCUCACGACGUUCAGCGAGAAGAAAAGCUUCAACAACCGUUAUCACCCGGAUUCAGUGUGGAUAUGGUACUCUUUCGUGACGGCCAUGUUCGGUUUCGCCGUGCAAUUAUACUCCUUCUACACGCCGACGACGACGGACAUUCGCAUCCCAAUCGCGCAAGGGGUGUGGAUCACCUUGGAGAUCGUCACCCGCGCUGUUUUGACGCUCUUGGACAAGUUCACCUUGGUCGAGGCGAGUGCUAUCUUCUUUGACAUCGGUUUCUCCACCGUGGGUUUCACCGCGCUUUUGGAACCCUUCUUCGAGCCAAAGAUUACGGACACACUUCCCGAAGUCGACGAAUCCAUCACGGAUUACGCUUUGGCCAUUCGAGUCGUUUCUUUCAUCUAUCCGCUCUGCGCUUCGUCGUUGAAGGUGCGAGAUCUUUACGUCGACAACUUCUGGCCCGCCCCCGCCACGGCCAAGGCGAUGACGGAAAAGAAGCGAUCGUUCAAGAGGACCAUCAUCAAGCUCGUCUUGCUCGGUUUGCAACUCGGCGCCGCCAUGUCUGUGUACGGCAUUAUGGGCAACAAAGAGCUCUGCCAUCAAUUCCGCACGUGUGCUCGCGGUAGUUGUACCCCCAACGUACCCGUCGGUGCGCCUCUCGAUGCGGAACUCUUCGGCGGAGGCUCUACCGGUGAUAAUAUGAAGUAUGCCGCUCGCAUGAUCUCGGACGAUGGCACGAUGAUCUGGCGUUGGGGAAUCAACUCGAACACGCAAAUGAAGAUGACCAAGUCGGGCGGCAAGUUAUACGCUGACCUUAAAUUUGCUAUCCCGAACGGCGCGACGGAGAACGGCGUCUCGAUUCCAGGCAAUGGGGCGACCUAUACCGUCAGCGGACUCACAGCCCCGACUUCAGCGUGUGGUACUCGCUACGAAGUCCAGUGCCAAGAGGUGAACCCGCGUCACUCCUUCUCGUAUAUGACGGGCAAGUACGAAUGGGUCAAGUACAACACAUCGGCGUACAAGUUUGUCGCGAGACACGACUACGAACAGACGACUGGUUCUCCCUCUUGCUUCGGCGCCUCGACGCAGUGGUGGAAAGACAACGGCAUGUUUGUCGGCGGUCCGGAAGCCGUCGUCGGAGGCACGGCGCAAAAUCCAGAUCUUGGAUUCGUCUUCGAGGAGCAAAAGUGCUGGUACACAGCAGGAGGCACAACGACUUUUACCAAGUACUGCUUGGUUGCGCCCGCUUACCUCGGUGUCUUUAAACCGUUCGGUCGCGCAUCCGUCGUUGGUUCGUGGACAUGGUCGAACUCGGGCUCGUCGAUGCCGACCACGUGGGGCACGUCUGCGCUCGACUUCAGGUUGGUCAUGAACGAGAACCAAAUCAUCGCCGCCGGCGGCUCUAGCUCGGGCAGCGCUGGCGCUGGCGGUUGCCCGACGUCCUUCAGCGCGUCGGCGCCGUGUCCGUGCCCUCCGGCGGGCGUCACAUGUACCGCUCCCGGCGCCGGCGCGUGCACCCAAAACAACGGCUGCCCGAGCUUUUACACGGCGCCGACCGGCAAGUAACCGACGCCUCCGCCGCGUCGAAUCUCCAAGAACUUCUCCAACUUUUCAAGCGUGUCGAUCUCCCGCACCGCGGAGAAGAAAAUCAAGUCAACAAUGGUAACGAUAAGGAUUUCACCAGUCCGGCCACGAUCAAGCAAGUAAAGUAACCCACUCCGC